UUUUUGCUAGGGAAAAUGUGCAAGUUCACCAACCGGCUGUUUGUCUUUGCCCUGCUGCUUUUGGCAUUUGGAAAAAGUCUAGCCCAUCCCGUUGGCGGCAAGAUUAGGCCAGGGAAUUCGAGGAACGUGGUCAGCGACUUGUUGGAGGUCUUAUAUGAUGACUAUUCCGAGAACGGUUUCCAGCGGGAGGAUAUUCUCUACGACCAAAGGCAAAAGGGCGCUGAAAACUUUCAGCUAAAACUUGAUGGGGUCGUUAUCGGGAUGGCCCCUCAAAUGGGUUCCAACUGGCUUUACACGAUGGCCGAAUAUUAUCUAAGUGAAAUGAUGAUGCGCCAAUCUACUCCAGAACCAGAAUCGAAUCAAAUGUUCGAAAAGGAUCCCGUCACAGAUACGGAACCUGCAGCUCCCGAAGGCGUUACUAAAAUUCCAGAGCAGUCCAAAAACGAUUUGGAAAGCAGACAACAACAAAUUAUAGCUCCACAAAACUCCAGCCGGACUCCAACUCAACUGCUGCAGCUAUUGAAGAUGCUUAAGACUUCUAAGGCCUAAACAUCUUAGUUCAGUAAAAAUGUCAAACAUUUAGUUUUAAGUUAUUAGGAAAUAUGUCUAAUCAAAUUAAAAUCCUACUUCAAAUUUAAAUUUUCGUUGGUCCUAAUAGACGUUUUGCACAGCGCGGCAUAUGAUA